CCAGCAGUGCCGAUCAGCAACAGUAGACAUCUGGCAUUCGAUCAGUAACCACACACGCACAACAAAUCUGAACAUGCAGAGAUUCCUUGUCUUCACCAUUGUGGCCGUGGCCACCGCAGCUGCCGGGGACAUCUUUUACCCUGGAUACUGCCCCGAUGUUAAGCCCGUGGACGAUUUCGACCUCAGCGCUUUCGCUGGAGCAUGGCACGAGAUCGCCAAACUGCCCCUGGAAAACGAGAACCAAGGAAAAUGUACCAUCGCUGAAUACAAAUACGACGGCAAGAAGGCUUCCGUCUACAACUCGUUUGUCGUCAACGGAGUCAAGGAAUACAUGGAGGGUGACUUGGAAAUCGCUCCUGACGCCAAAUACACCAAGCAAGGCAAAUACGUCAUGACCUUCAAGUUCGGACAGAGGGUAGUGAACCUGGUCCCAUGGGUUUUGGCCACUGACUACAAGAACUACGCCAUCAACUACAACUGCAACUACCACCCUGACAAGAAGGCCCACAGCAUCCACGCCUGGAUCCUGUCCAAGAGCAAGGUCUUGGAAGGAAACACCAAGGAAGUCGUCGACAACGUCCUCAAGACCUUCUCCCACCUGAUCGAUGCCUCCAAAUUCAUCUCCAACGACUUCUCCGAAGCUGCCUGCCAGUACUCCACCACAUACAGCCUUACUGGCCCUGACAGGCAUUGAGAAGCAUAGUGAAAAAUGCUAGCGUUAAAUGUUUGCCAAUUGCCCGUAGUGUUACGAUAGUUUAAAUAUUCGUUGUAUUACAACGUAUCCUUCAAUAGUUAAGUUCAUGUACCAACAUAGUUAGGGAGAAAAGGUAUUGAAUUGUAUUUAGUUGUAUAGGUGAUUUUUUGCAUAUUGUAAACAGAAAACAGAAAGCACACUGUGUUUAAGGAAAUAAAGGAAAGGUUUUUACAUA